GUCUCAAAACCUCAGAAAUAUAUUCACAAGUCAAGCUUCCUCCGAACCUCACCCCACGAUCUCAUACAGUAUAUUUCAUUUAUUGUAUCGACCUUCACAUAUUCAAGAUGGUUAACUUACUGAAACGGAUGGCCAAGCUUAACUCUGUAAGUAACCGCACACUUCUCUCGCAAUGGUCGCAGAUGCUAACAGAAUUCGCCAUAUAGAAGUUACUCGGCAUAAGAUUAGGACCUGGCGCAGCGAUUCUCCCACCAGAAGUUACCAGGAUACACAUGGACUUUGCUGCUGGACUGAAUGGACAUCUCGGGCCAAAGAAAUUCUGGCGCAACUGCCUCCCCCGCCUCAAAUACCACAACCCCGCUGUUCCCAUGACCGUCAACCGCAGCAAUGACACUUCCCUUCCCGCAACCCUAACCAUCCACUUCACCGACGCCUCCCACGCCUCCUCCCCACCCCCCAUAAACAGCACCGCCUCCAACCCCGCUGCACCUUCUACCCCAGCCGCUCCCACAGCCUACACUAAAACCAUCGAAUGCAAGCACCGCGACGACAACGCCAUCCUCUUUGAUCUGAUGGAACUGACAAAGGCCAAGAAAGUUUUACCCACCGCAGAAGAGAAACAAAAGUUGAAGGAUUUGGCGGCGAUGAAAUUGAAGAGUCAACAGGAUUCGUUAUUGAGUGCGGCUGUUAACGAAAAGAUUCGGGCUGAGAAGGCGAUUUUGGAUCAGGCGAGAGGUGAGGUGGCUGCUGCUUCUGCCGAUAAUUAGAGAAGGGGGCGAGAUAACGACGAGAGAGGAUCACGAGAUGUAGAGAAAAUGGGGGGAAUUACGAGAAGGAAUGGACAUGGGUGUAGAAUAUGUUGUAUAUAUACCAGGCGUUGAGGAGGAAUACUCACAUGAUGGGAAAAAUGAAAAUCAAAAUGGCUAGAAACAAGUACAUCAAGGUAUUUGAUACAUGACUGUUUACGGGAAAGUAUGGUCAUAGCAAUAGUCACGCAAAUAAGGGACGAGAGAAGUGAUAUAUGAAUGAUCAUAAACGAAGAGAUA